ACGAAGAGGUAAUGUUAGAUGAAGGAAAGUAAUAAUAAUUGAUGAAAUAACUGUAAACAACAGACCCAGACCCAUGAUCCAAAAAUUAUUUACAAUAUAUAUAUAUAGUUGUAUAAUAAUUUGUACAGCUCUCCUCUUGCUGCUGCCUCCUUGUAGACCGACGGCUGACCGCAUAGCGCUCAUCCAGCCGGAUACACCAACCACAUUUGCCAAAAAGCUAGCUAGCUAAUUAGGCUCCUCCUCCUCCUCUGGACACCCUGUUCCCUCUCCCUUUCACUAUCUUCAGAUCUCUAGCUAGCUAAUUAUAUAUAUACUAUUUUGUACGCGAAAGCUUUUUGAUUCUUUUAUCAAUCUCUUUCUCGUUCUCUUCCCUUUCCCCGUAGAUAACUGAUUCUUUAAUCAGCCUCUCUCAUGGCGUCUGCAUGCCUUGUCCCUCUCCAAAUCCAAUUGUACGUGGUUUAAUUAUCAUUUAUCCAUGUACUUUCGAUCGAUCGGCUUUCUUAUUCUUAAGAACUGGGUUUCCUCUUUAUUCUUAAUUUCUUUAUCUCAAUAUAUCGAUCGUAUAAAGCUUGUUUCUUUUUACAGCAACAUCGAUCUAAUUCCUUAAUUUAAUUAGUUUGCAGCAAGCUUUUCUUUUUUGUUUAUAUAUAUAUACCUAUAUACAGCACGAGGGAAGGGAUCGAGUAUAUAGUUAGAUAGCUAGGAGGAUGAGAAACUCGAGAAGAGGCAAAAUGGUUACAGAAACCAACAGGAGUAGUACUUCACAGCAACAGAAUAGCGCCGAAGAACUCUCCUUUUCUUUUGGCGAUUCAUCCGAAGCCAUCAUCCCUAUCCCUUGUAAUAUUCUCGAUGCAUCGCCUGAUCGGCUACUUAAGGGCGACAGCCCUUCAAUGUCAAAGUCUCCGUGGUCUUCUCAUGUAGCUGAUCAGGUGCAGUCCAAUGAUUGUUCUUACACAGGCCUAAUGGGUUCUCUUGUCCGCGAAGAAGGCCACGUUUAUUCACUGGCUACUUCUGGCGAUUUGCUCUACACAGGAUCCGAUAGCAAGAACAUCCGGGUAUGGAAGAACCAGAAGGAAUUUUCGGGCUUCAAAUCCAACAGUGGGCUGGUUAAAGCCAUUGUUAUUUCAGGCGAGAGGAUCUUUACGGGCCAUCAAGACGGGAAGAUCCGACUCUGGAAGGUCUGUGCGAAGAACCCGAGCCUUCACAAGCGGGUCGGGACUUUACCCACCUUGAAGGCCUUCAUCAAGAGCUCCAUCAACCCCAACAAUUACGUCGAAGUGAGGAGGAACCGCAACGCCGUGUGGAUAAAACAUUUCGAUGCCAUUUCGUGUCUCAGCUUGAACGAAGACGAGACCCUUCUCUACUCCGCUUCCUGGGACAAAACCAUGAAGGUUUGGAGUUUGCCCAACUCCAAGUGCUUGGAGUCGAUCUAUGUUCACGACGAUGCAGUUAACGCCGUUGUUGCUGGCUUCGAUGGCUUAGUCUUUACAGGCUCUGCGGAUGGCAGCGUCAAAGUAUGGCGAAGAGAGUGGCAAGGAAAGGGAACCAAACACUUCUUUUCGCAAAAUUUGUUGAAGCAAGACUCCGCUGUGACGGCUUUGACAGUUGACCCGUCGGCCAGGUUUCUUUACUGUGGCUCGUCGGACGGCCUUGUUAACUUCUGGGAACGUCGGAAAUUUCUCUCGCACGGCGGCCACUUGAGGGGCCACAAGCUUGCUGUUCUAUGCUUGGCUACGGCUGGUAACUUGGUGUUCAGUGGAUCGGCUGAUACGAAAAUAUGCGUGUGGAGUAGAGAGCCGGAGGGCGGCCACAUCUGCUUGUCUGUGUUCACAGGGCACAGUGGGCCGGUUAAGUGUUUGGCUGUUGAAGAAGAUCAAGGAGCAGCAGCGGGUAGCAAUGGGGCUUGCAUCCUGUACAGUGGCAGCCUCGAUAAGUCAGUGAAGAUAUGGCGAGUGUCACCAAGAAUGAAAGAGAUGCACCCACAACAACAACAGUAAAGUAAUGGGAGGAUGAAUUGAAGAUAAAUUAAGAACUCUGCAUGCAAUUGCACGACCCGUUUGAUACCUCUGCUAUUCCUAUACGCUGGGUGCCUCUUUGACACCUCUGUACAUGUCCACACACACACACACACACAUAUAUAUAUAAAUAUGAUGACAAAUGAAAUAACUAAGAUUUAGAUGAGUCAUAUAUAUAGCUAGAGUGCACGUAAUUAACAUAUAUAACAGUAAAAAACAUAUUUACUGUAACAUAUUUACCUUUUGAUCAAAAAAACAUAUAUAACAGUAAAAAGGAAAGCCAUCAAUGUUGGU